AUGAGGUAUGUACCACGCAUGUGCAGCCGCGUGAAUAGCCUGGGUUUCACUGAACCUGCAUUGCGACGUGGCAACACUCCGUUGCACGAUGCCGCCAGUAUAGGUAAACUCGAUGUGUGUCAAGCGCUGCUCGCUGCAGGGGCCGACUGUAAAAUCAAGAAUGUGUGGGGCGAUACUCCGUUGCACGAUGCCGCAAAUAGUGGUAAACUUGAUGUGUCUCAAGCGCUGCUCGCUGCAGGGGUGGACUGCAACAUCAAGAAUGUGCGUGGCGACACUCCGUUGCACGUUGCCGUCAGGAGAGGUGACCUCGAGGUGUGUCAAGCGCCGAUCGCUGGAGGGGCCGACUGUAACAUCAAGGAUGGGCGUGGCGACACUCCGUUGCACGAUGCCGCCAGGAGAGGUAACCUAGAGGUGUGUCAAGCACUGAUCGCUGGAGGGGCCGAGUGUAACAUCAAGAAUGAGCGUGGCAACACUCCGUUGCACAAUGCCGUCAGGAGAGGUCACCUCGAGUUGUGUAAAGCGCUGAUCGCUGGAGGGGCCGACUGUAAAAUCAAGAAUGAUCUUGGCAACACUCCGUUGCAGGAUGCCGCCUGGAUAGGUAAACUCGAUGUGUGUCAAGCGCUGCUCGCUGCAGGGCCGCACUGCAACAUCAAGAAUGAGGAUGGCGAAACUCCGUUGCACAAAGCCGUCUGGGGUGAAAUCGAGGUGUUUCAAGCGUUACUCGCUGCAGGGGCGGUCUGUAACAUCAAGAAUACGCAUGGAUCCACUCCGUUGCACCAUGCCGCCAUGAUAGGUAGAAUCGACGUGUGUCAAGCGUUGCUCACUGCAGGGGCGGACUGUAACAUCAAUGAUGCGGUAAAGAACCGGAUUUAG